CCUUUCCUCUCUCUACGCUAAAUCCUCCCCCCAUAUCUCUCUCUCUCUCUCUCUGUCUCGAAUCCCUCUCUCUCUAUAGAUUGAGAUUCAAAGAAAACCUCCUCCCCAAAUUCCUCUCUCCAAGCCAAGCCAAACCAAACCAAAGCAAACCGAACCAAAACCAGCAAUGGCUUCGUCGUCACCAGCAGUCCUCCCAAUCUCCAACCCCCAAACCACCACCACCACCUCCAGCUCCCAGCCACCAAUCUCGAACCCCGCCUUCCGAGCAUUCAUCUCCCACAUCUCUGACAUAGUCCGCAACGGCCUCUCCACGCGCCGCCCUUGGUCGGAACUAAUCGACCGUUCCGCCCUCUCAAAGCCCGAAUCAAUCUCCGAAGCCACCUUCCGCAUCCGCAAAAACUACUCCUACUUCCGCGUCAACUACUUCUGCUGCCUUGCCUCCGUCCUCGCCUUCUCUCUCCUCACCAACCCCUUCGCUCUCCUCCUCCUCCUCUCUCUCCUCACAGCCUGGCUCUUCCUCUACGUCUUCCGCCCCUCCGAUCCCCCUCUCCUCAUCUUCGGCCGUACCUUUACAGAACGGGAAACCCUAGGCAUCCUCGUCUUAUCAACCGUCCUCGUCAUCUUCCUCACCAGCGUUGGAUCUGUACUCAUCUCUGCUCUCAUGGUUGGAUUGGCCAUUAUUUGUGGCCACGGUGCUCUUAGGGUUCCCGAAGAUCUGUUUCUCGAUGAGCAAGAACCUGUUGCUUCUGCUACUGGAUUCCUUUCCUUCCUCGCCGGUGCCGGUUCCAAUGCUGGAGCUUCUGCCACUCCCGCAGUUGCAGCACGCGGCUGAGGUUCACUUUCAUGUCAGUACUUUGGCAUCGAGGAUGGUUUGGCUAAAUUCGUAGUCCUCUCGAUCCAAUCAUACGUUUUGGUAGACAAAAUUAUAAUAAUAAUAAUAAUAAUACAGGGAUUGGAAUAAUUCAAAUUGCUCUAUGCUUGUAGUAGGUUGCAUAUAUCUCAAUUGUUCAUUUUUUUGGUAUGAUGUGUUAAUACUUAGUAGUUCCAUCGAUAUUGAAUUAUUCAUUA